AUGUUUUUCCAACGAAUUCAGACUCUUCCAGAUCGCAUCGCAGAGAGCAGUCCUUACUACAUUCUAGUGGUCGUCUGCUCUGCUAUGUUUCUCGACCUUGCAAACUUAAGCGCAAUCACCAUUGCACUGCCGACGAUUCAGAAAGACUUCAACAUCAACACUAGCGAUCUCCAAUGGAUCAUCUCCGCCUACGCUCUAACGUUUGGCGGUUUUCUUCUCCUGGGCGGCCGUGGAGGAGACAUCAUCGGACAUCGUCGCGUUCUGCUUUUUGGCAUGGUUUUCUUCGCGUUGUUCAGUCUGGUAUGCGCUGUGUCUCCGAGUUUCUUAGGACUUGUCAUCGCCAGAGCAUUUCAGGGAAUAGGUGCCGCGUUCACCAUUCCUCCAGCGCAAGCACAUAUUGCCCUACAUUUCACCGAUCCAACAUUGAAGGCCAAAGCUCUUGGAAUAUGGGGUGCUGCAGGUUCCUUGGGCUUCAUCAUCGGACUCGUCCUUGGUGGCGUUCUCACAGCAACCUUGGGCUGGAGGUGGAUCUUCUGGAUGUCUCUGAUCAUCUCAGGCGUCGUCAUUCCAGCGGCCUAUGUUGUCCUUCCACGGGUCCCCUCUCCUCGCGCUGCAACUCCGCAUCCCGUUGACGGAGGGGUUGAAGCCAACAGUGAGCCGGCGCCAGCAAAGAAAGAGCUCUUACAAUCGGUCCGUGAGCGUCUGGUUCGAUUCGACGCUCUAGGCAUCUCUCUUGGUAUUCCUGGUAUCCUCCUCCUCACCUACGCACUCACCUCAGCAAAUACAGAAGGAUGGAACGACCCCAAAAUCAUCGCUACUCUCGUGGUAUCCACUCUCCUGGUUGUUGCAUUUAUCCUGUAUGAGCGCUCGGCACCUCAAGCAAUCCUGGCUCCCCAUUUAUUCCGCGAUUUAUCCUUCAACCUCACGAUGAUCCUUGCCGUCAACACCUACGCCGUACGACAGGCUUGCACUUACUUCCUCACUGUUCAGCUCCAGUCCUACGGCACUAGUGCUAUCCACACCUCAGUCCUCUUCAUUCCACUUGGCAUAAGCGCCCUUAUCUUCAAUACUCUUUCCGGUCGUCUCGUACCUAUUCUCGGCGCAAGGCCAAUGUUCAUUAUUGGCUGGGCUCUUUCCAUCCCUGGCGUGCUCCUCUUCAGCUUCAUCACCGAGCACACUUCGUACUGGCGCUACACCUUCCCAGGUAUGAUACUGUACAUUGCCGGUAUUGGAGCCGUCUACAUCACCGCUAAUUUUGUCGUCGUCUCUUCCGCGUCAAAGUCGGACCAAGGCGCCGCUGCUGGUGUCUUCAACGUCGCGCUGCAGGUCGGCGGCAGCGUUCUGGGCCUUGCUGUGCUGACAGCGGUCGCACAAGGCGUCGAGAUGACAUAUGGCGACGCGCAUCUUCCUCGGGGUGAACUGGGUGGCCUUGGGUACAGGAGCGUAUACUACAGCUGCGUAAUUUUGAGUGGAAUUGGGCUCUUUCUCAGCGUUUUCGCGAUCAGAGUGCCAAAAAGCAUGCACGGAUCGAUCUGGAAGAACAAGGUUAACGCAGGUACCGCGACCGAGACUGCUUCCUCUCAUGAGCUACGGUCUACCUAG